UGCUCGCGUUCACGUCGCACAACUGCGUGCCUGUGUGUACAUGAAGGUGAACUGUUGCGCUCGUGUUUCGUGUUUUCUUUUCCAUUUUUAACCCUCCGAUAAUCUCCUAUCUGGAUAUCGACCCGCAUCCGUGAUAUUUGAGGAGAUUUUGACCCCAGAAUCACUUCAGCUCAACGGUCGAGGAAGAAACUAUACGCGGGGGACAGUCGGAAGUGGAGCGGCGCUAAAACGCGCUGAGGUCGAAUAGACUACCCAGGAGAGAUCGCGAAACUUACACCCACCCGCAUGAGAUCCACACGGGCACGUACAUUGACACAUCAGCCCAGUCCGGUGGAUCCCGGAGAGCAUGAGCCGAGAUGAGCCAGAGAGACACACUGGUGCAUCUGUUUGCUGGAGGAUGUGGCGGCACGGUGGGUGCGAUCCUGACGUGUCCGUUAGAGGUGGUGAAGACGAGGCUUCAAUCUUCGUCCGUGACCUUCUGUAUCUCUCAGGUUCAUUUGAGUACAGUUAAUGGAGCCAGCGUGGCCCGUGUGGCCCCCCCGGGACCCGUCCAUUGCCUCAGGUUCAUUCUGGAGAAGGAGGGAGCCCGCUCUUUGUUCAGAGGUCUGGGGCCCAAUCUAAUCGGAGUGGCUCCAUCACGAGCUAUUUACUUCGCUGCAUAUUCCACCUCAAAGGAGAGACUGAAUGGUGUGUUUAAGGCUGACUCCACACAGCUGCACAUGGCAUCAGCUGGGAUCGCAGGAUUUACAGCCAUCACAGCAACCAAUCCAAUUUGGGUGAUUAAGACACGGCUACAACUGGAUGCCAGGAAACGCGGGGAGCGUCGCAUGAGCACAUUUGAAUGCAUACGACGCGUGUAUCAAACCGAUGGCCUGCGCGGCUUUUACCGUGGUAUGUCGGCGUCCUACGCAGGAAUCUCAGAGACGGUGAUACACUUUGUGGUGUAUGAAGCUCUCAAACGACGUUUGGUAAAGACCAAAACAGCAACACACAUGGACGGAGAGCAGGACUCAAAAGAUGCGUCAGACUUUCUGGGAAUGAUGCUGGCAGCUGCCACGUCUAAGACGUGCGCCACCUCUAUAGCCUAUCCCCACGAAGUAAUCCGUACCCGGCUAAGAGAAGAGGGCAACAAGUACCGCUCGUUUUUCCAGAGUGUCAGUCUGGUGUUUCGAGAGGAAGGUUAUCGCGCCCUUUACAGAGGACUCACAACGCACCUGAUCAGACAGAUCCCAAACACAGCCAUCAUGAUGAGCACAUAUGAACUUGUCGUGUACUUGCUCGAUGGCUGAACUUCCCUCACCCGUGACCUGGGAACCCGUGACCUGGGAAGUCAGGUGCUGUGUGAAAGACAAAACAAGACUGCAGACAGAGAGCGAUGCCAAAACCUGGUGUGGUCUGAGGUUUCUCAUGAGAAAACACACCGAUAUUAAAUGUUUAUUCAUUUUCUUGCUUUCUCCCUCCCUCCCUUACUCUCUCUCUGUCUCUUCUCCAUUUAUUGUUUAAUAUUAUGCUGCUUCUAAAAUGCAAUGCCUUAAUGUGUACCGUUUAAACCCAGAUAGCUCAAGCUGUUCAUAUGUUGACUAAGCGUUGAGAGUUUUUACGGUGAUCAAGGCUUCAAGUUCUGAGCUGGAAUGGAAUUGGUGGGGUCCAAAUGGAGGCUCACUUCCUGUUUUGGCAACCAGCCUAUCAGAAUGCACUUGCCAGGUCAUGCAAUAUCCUGAAUCCUACAUAUAUCUGCUUCUGUAGAUGUUGUACAGUAUGUUUUAAAGGUAUUUGAACACUGUGUGCAGACACGUACUUGAAGAAAAGAUGUUUGUAAAACACUGUAAAAGUGAGGUGGAGUUCCUAUCGGUGUGUCAUAAUUGUACGUUUAUAUAUUCUCGGCCUCGAUAUGUGUGUGUGUCUACUGGACAGCCAAACACAUUUGUUAGCAUAAAAAAUGUAAUUGUUUUUUCCAGGAGCAGAAUUCUACUGAGAAAAUGGUAAUAAUUAAAAUAUUCAAAAAAAUUGUACAGAUGCAUUAUGCUGGAAAGUUGUUGCACAUAGUAAAUUUGGAUUUUGGAGGACAUGUUGUGUUCCCUUCACAAGCACACGCGGCACAUGUGUUUUAUUCAGUUCACACAGUGACAGGGUCUUAUCUAAGUCUGAUGAAUCAUGUUGUUUGUUUGUUUGGUUGGUUUUGGGUGCAUUUAGUGUUACGCUCUCACUCUUUAAGGCAUUUAUGAUUUUUCAACAACCCAGUGUUUUUUUGUUUACAGUCAGUUUGUCACUUUCCAUAUCAUGUUAUCAAUUGUUUAUCAAUUGUGUGUCUGGAAAGAAUAAACUAAUAUAAAAGCAAAAAGGACAAUUAAGCUUUUUUU